AUGGCAUCUACUUCGCACAACUAUGACCCUGGAAUUCAGGCCCAACCUCAUGAUGUCGUCAGAUGCAUGAGGCUAUGCAGAGGCAGCAUGGCCGGCUACCGCCAUGAGGUAACAAGCAGAAGAAAGGCAGCUUACGGCAGGGCGCCCCGAGUAGGCUCACUCGGCAAUACCAAUACCUUUUUCGUGCAGCCAGCAGCCACGAUCACUUCUCAUGGACAUGUUUUCCUCAACAGCCUUGCGCAAAACUCAAGCCGCAUGUGGUAUUUGGCGUCCGGUGGACAGGCGUCCCCCAGGUUUCCUCCAGAUCUGUCUGGUGCAGCGGCGAUUUCGCCGUCCGACAGUGACAAGCACCCCUCCUCCUUCAUCUUCUCACACGACGCCUCUGUCGCCUCCUUUCUCCCCGAUGACCUUCGGCCUCUCUCGCCUCUUUCCGCACUGAAUAUACUAAAGGACGGCAAGAAAUGUACCAGGGGAUGGAAGGAUGGGAGGGAAGAUAGGGAUGGGUUGCGCCUAUCCACGGGCAAUCGUGCCUAG